CCGCCACACCACUCGGUCGGCGAUUUUAGUCCGAGAAAUUACCAGUGGUUCUUACAGAACUUUGUCCCUUACGAUAAACAGAUGGAAGAUUACAACGAGUUUGUGCAAAAUCGUCUUUCCCAGCUGAGAGAAAGUAAAGAAAACCAGCCUUCAGCACGUGGAAGAGGGUUUAGCGAUGGAACAUCUCUUAUUCGCUUCUAUGGACGACGAAUCCUCCCUCCCUUGCUGUCUGGCAAACAGAGAGAGGAAAUUCAGAGACUCAAAACUACUUUCCAAAAUUCAAUUGAGCAGAGAAAAUCAAAGGCUGAUGCAAAAGUGGCCUGCGUACAAAACAUUCUACACACUGUUCAGCUGAGGAAAGUGCCUACAUUGGAGGAGUUUUUUCAUGAAGACCCAGAGUUGCCUACACUGAAAUCCUCAUAUUCCCACUUCACCAGCAAUGCAUUAAUGUCUCAUAGUGAUGAUGUCAGAGACACCAGGGAUAGUCUGUUGUUCUCGCCACUGUCUGGCCUGCAUGAUGGAAGGGAUGGUAUCUAUGGUUCUCCCUUGACAUCAACCAAAUAUUGUGCCCUUUCUGAUCAUCGCCUCACUUCUGAUCAAUGUGAGGAGAAACUGCCAUCACAGCCAACUACAGAUCCCCCUGCUGAUAUAAGCCACCAGUCGCUGUCUUCAGGCUAUGUAACCUAUGACAAUGCAGAAAAUGGCACCAGUGUCUCUGCUAAGAUUGAGCCAGGAGAAGAGAACCAUGAAUUUGACUCUGAGCAGGAAGCUAAAAAUAUGGGUGCCUUUUUCCUGCACAAGACUUCAGAUACAAUCACAAAGAUUCCAGAUAUUAUCAGCCACCCUCCCAUAGAUGGAGAAGAACUGGAGAGGUGUGCAAUGAGAGUAUCUGUUUAUGAUAAUUUUAUAAUGGGUCACCAGCUAAAGGAUAAUAGCCCUUCACCCCAACAUAAUUCCGUGAUCGUGGCCAACUCAGUACAGUUGGAAACUUCAUUUGGAAAUGAGGUAAGAAGUCCUUCAAUUGGGGCAUCCAAAAUUACUCAUCUGGGAAGUAGAGAUUGUGAAGCUAUUCCCCUUUUCAGCCAAAUAAAUGAACUUGGCCAAGUUCAAAAUACAAUUGGAGAUGAAGGAACAGUCCAUGAAGUCAAAACUAGUUGUUGUCCAAAGUCUUCACAUUCACCAGCUACUAUUCAUACAGCUGCAUCAGCAAACCAAACACAAAUUCAAUGUAAGUGCAGAGAAGUGGAACUGAUGGGCAACCAGGUUAAUAAAACAGACUCAAAGCCUUUUGAGAAACCCUACCGCUUCAGUCUCCAGGCCCUGCUGAAAAAAUCCCAGGAGUAUCGGCGUCAUCAGAGAAUGAUUAGGAACCAGACAAAGAACUCUAAAGUCCAAGAGACAGCACAGGAAAAGCUGGAAAAACAAGAGGAGAAGGAAGAGGACCUUUCUGACAAGGAGAAUGAUGAAUUCCCCAAGGGGACAUUGACUACAGAGAGAGGGAAAACAGAAGAAAACGGUGAACUUGGAGGGAACCAUGUUCACUUUCUGCUGCCAGUGGAAAUGUCACCAAAAAAUUUUUGGGAGGAUGAUGAGGAGAAAAUAUCCAGGAGUGAGCCAAUUCUUGUUGAGUACCAUGGAGAAAAGUCAAAAUUUAAAUCUCAGAGCAAACAUAUGACUGAAGAUGGAAACACAGAGAUACCGACUGGAGUUGAAGGAGAAACACCCUUUAAUCAGUUGGACAACUCACAAGAGGUCAGAACAGAGCCCACACAAAUGAGUACCUUCUCUGAGCUGCAGUCUGAUAACUCCCUGGUCCCUGAGGCCUUUUCUUUGACAAACAAACAGAAUGCCAAAUACAUCCUAUCUAGUUCUAAAAAUGUAGGGAAGUUCCAGACUGUCCCAACCCCUAAGUUAUCUAUGAGUCCAGUUUGCUUUAAGAGCAAAGGCGAUUUUAAAGUAUCAAGAGCUAUUGAGAAUACUGGUGCCCCAAAGAGGAAAGUUCUGGCGAAUACAGCCCUAAAUGAAGACAACAAGGUGAAGACAGAAAUUAAUCUGGGACAAAAAAGUAAGCGAUGGCUGAAUGUUUUUCCAACUACAUGUCAAGCGAGUGAAGGCGAUGUAGCAAGGGUAUCUGCUAGGAGCGCAGAUCAAGCACAGCAGAUACAUCAGCUUGAGUUGAACCUUUCAAGUCUAAAAGAUCUCAUCUCAGAUCUUGAGUCCACGCUUGUAGAAAACAUGGAGAGUCACUGGCAGGCAGAUUAUCUGCACCUCCCUGGUGACUUUUGUUGUAAGGGUAUUCAACACAUUGAACAGACAGACACGAUUAAUAAAGAUCAACAGAUUGGCCAGAACAAUCAAAAGGAUUGUGAUCAUUUGGAGGACAGGCCGGCUGCCCCAAAGAUAAUUUCCCCUUAA